AUGACGCCGUCCGCCACGCAAGCCGUGUCCGGCGGGGCAGAAGCCCAUCGUCCUCGCAUCCUCGUGCCCGAGAAGAUAUCCGAGGAUGGCCUCGCCCUCCUGACGCCUCACUUCGACGUCGACGUCAAGUUGGCCCUCUCGCCCGAUGAGCUGACGCAAAUCAUCCCCGGCUAUCACGGCCUCAUAGUCAGGUCGGAGACCAAGGUGACGUCCGAGGUGCUGCGAGCGGGCCGGAAGCUCGGCGUCGUCGCCCGCGCCGGCGUCGGCGUCGACAACAUCGACGUGGCCGCCGCCACCAACGAGGGCAUCAUCGUCAUCAACUCGCCGUCCGGCAACAUCCGAGCCGCGGCCGAGCACACGGUGGCCCUCCUUCUCGCCACGGCCCGCAACGUCGGCCGCGCCGACGGCAGCGUCAAGGCUGGCCGCUGGGACCGCGGCAAGCUUGUCGGCGUCGAGGUCGGUAGAAAGGUUCUCGGCAUCGUCGGUCUCGGCAAGGUCGGCUUGAACGUCGCCCGCAUGGCCAAGGGCCUCGGCAUGCACGUCCUGGCCGUCGACCCCUUCGCGAGCGCCGACAUGGCACGCCAGGCCGGCGUCGAGCUGAUGGUGGAGCUCAAGGACCUGCUUGCCACGGUGGACUUCCUCACCAUCCACACGCCCCUGCUGGCCACGACCAUGGACCUCAUCGGCGAGGCCCAGUUCCGGAUGAUGAAGAAGACGGCCUACGUGCUCAACGUCGCCCGCGGCGGCGUCUACAACGAGGCCGCCCUGCUCGACGCCCUCGACGCCGGCACCAUCGCCGGCGCCGGCCUCGACGUCUUCACGUCGGAGCCGCCGGCCGAGGGCUCGACGGCGGCGCGCCUCGCGCGCCACCCCAAGGUCACGGCCACGCCCCAUCUCGGCGCCUCGACGGUCGAGGCGCAGGAAAACGUCUCCAUGGACGUCUGCACCCAGAUGCUCGAGAUCCUGCGCGGCGGCCUUCCGACGAGCGCCGUCAACGUGCCCAUCAUCCUGCCGGAAGAGUACCGGAAGCUGCAGCCGUCGGUGCAGCUCGUCGAGAAGAUGGGCCGCCUGUACACGCAGCACUUCGUGAGGGCCAAGGGCGGCAUGGUCGGCGGCCACCGCUUCGAGCUCAUCUACCGAGGCGAGCUCGCCGGCAUGCCCAACACGAAGCCGCUGUACGCGGCACUCGUCAAGGGGCUGGUGGCCUCCUUUAGCGAUUCCAACGUCAACAUCGUCAACGCGACGGUGAUUGCGCGGGAGAAGGGCAUCGUCAUCAACGAGACGCACGCGCGCGAGUCGCAGGACAUGACCUACUCGAACCUCGUCACCCUUCGCUCCGUCGCCGACGCCAAGACGGGCACGUCCGAGCAGAUCAUCGAAGGCUACGCCUCGGACAAGAGGGUCUACAUCUCCAAGCUCGACCGCUUCAACGCCACCUUCCAACCCGACGGCACGCUGAUCAUACUGCACAACUACGACAAGCCGGGCAAGAUCGGAGGCGUCGGCAUGGUGCUCGGCUCCCACGGCAUCAACAUACGCUUCAUGCAGGUCGCCAGCUUGGGGCGGGAGUGUCUCCAGGACCACGACGGCCGCGCCCAGCAAGACGAGGAAGCGCUCAUGAUCUUGGGCGUCGACGGGGACGUCGACGACGUCGUCCUUGACGGCUUGAGGGCAUCCGACGGUGUUCUCGACGUGAGCCUGGUCAACCUGUGA